ACGAAAACGAAACAGCGCGAUUUGGGAGGAAAAUUACACCGAACUUCGAACGCAGGCGGACGUGUCGCGGAUGUCGGAAGGUGGAGCUCCUGUGAACUGUUCUUGUGCCGUGCCCCGCGCACAAAAAGCCAAUAAGAGCCGAGAGAGAGGCGGGCGCUCCCUGCUGCUUUUUGUGAAUAAAACGUGCACGCAGCGCGGGAGAGCGAGCUGUUAAAUAAUUUUUAAAGUGUUUGUGUUUUUAACGUGUACAACCCACAAAAAUUCUAUGCCUUUUGCAUAACAAUAACAAACGUAGCAAAAAUAAAAUACAAAAAGUGAGCCAUACACACACAUCUAUACAAAACAGAGAAGUAGAGAGAGAUAGAGCGACGGACGCCUACGUCAAUAAGCGAAAAACGGAAGGAUGCCGCUGAUGUCACCGCCGUUGCAGUAGCAACACCAGACAGCCGAAGGAUAAAGAAAGGACCCACUCUCCUCCCCCGCAAACAAGCCACACACAUGUUGCUGCCACAACAAAGAUGCUCAGCGCUGCCAAUGCAACUGCAACAGCAACACAUGGAGCAACAGCAGCAGCCGCGAUUGCCGCAGCCGAGACUUAUGUCAUAACAAACAAGCAACAACAGCAACAACAUCAGCAGCAGCAACAGCAACAAGUCUUUGUUGUUGCCGCCAACAAAAUGGUGAUACCAGCAACGGGAGCAACAAUCGCCGGUAUACCAACAGCAACAACAACAGCAGCCGCCGAGUCAACAGCAACGCAGCAGCAGCAACAUCUGCAACACCAGCAACAUGUGCUGUUCCAGCCGCACCUACAGACAACAACAACAGCAGCAACCAGCACACCUCAGCAACAGCAACCACCUCAGCCGCGGCAGCAUCCCAAGAAGCGAAAGUUCGAUCCAGCCGAGCUGGACAAACCAGAGCAGCAUCCCCAGCAGCAGCAGCAGCAGCAAGUGAGUCUGCAGAAGCAGCAGAAACCCGCCGAUACCAAUGGCAACAGCGAUGCCUUGGCCAACGGCAAUCAGCUACAUCGCAUGAUCGUGAGUUGCGGUGCAGGCGCCGGCAACAACAGUAGCAACAGCAGCAGCAACAGCAGUAGCAGCGACACCAAGCAGCAGCAGCAGCAACGCAAUAUCAUUGCAUCCCCGCUACAACAUGCGAGCGGUAGUACUUACAAGCAACAUGUUGCCAGCGGCAACAAUAGUCACGCAGCCACAAUCAAUCAUCAACGCACACAUACGCCCACAACCGCCGUCUACUACCAACAGCAGCAGCAGCAACCACAACGUUUUAGCUUUAACUCAAACAAUCAGCAACAUGUACAGGAACAACACCAGCAGCAGCAGCAACAGCAACAACAGCAGCAGCAAUCCCUGCUCGAUCUCAGCGAGUGGAACAACACGCGUGUCCUAGCCAAAAUCCACAAUCACUAUGCUCCAGGGAUUAUACGCCAAGUGCAGGAGGCGUCUCCCGACUCAAUACUCGUGGAAUUCGAUUCCACCGAUUUGGGAUUUCUGCUAUAUCCGGACGUGUUGCACCAGGGCCGCAAUCAUGUGAUACUCGAUGCCAGCCCGCCCAUGGCGGAUAUUACCCUCGAUGCCCGUGUCUGUGUGCGCCAGCGGGUGGAAGGUCGUGGCUCCGGCAGCUUCGUCUAUGUGGAGGGCAUCAUCACCGAGAUCAACCAGACCACGAAGCAAUAUAGCGUGCAACUGAUUGGCGAUGAGAUGGCCACCACCAAGGUAGUGCGUCGUGCCGAUCUGCGGCUUCUGCAGCCGCCGUGGUGGGAUGAGCUCAACGAGCUGACGCCCUCGGGUGGAGCCAGUGGCCCCGCAUCCAGCGGCAAGCGGAAGGUGUCGGCAGGAGGAGCAGGAGCCGGCGAAGCGAUGGCUGUGCCCAGUGGCAAUAUCGUUUACCCCAAGGCGGCCACCGGCGCGCCAUUGACCUUCGUGGCCACCCGCUACGAUGGCAAACUGCCCACGGCACCACCCACGCCCAACCACCAGCAGCCGCAGCAGCACCUGGUGAAACAAGAAGAGUAUUAUCGGACGACGGCCACGUCGCCCUUCCAGACGCGACCCCAGUUCGCCGGCCCCUCGCACGGAGCGGAGCAAGUGGCCCAGGCGGCGCAGUCGCACCCCCAGCAGACCAACGGCCUGCCGGACAUCGUGAUCUCCCCGGGCAGCAAUGGGCAGCACCUCAAGGUGCAGCAGCAACAGCAGCAGCAGUCGUCGCGGGGCUACGACGACUACGACUCGGACGACGAACUCAAGAGGGUCGGCAUCGGAUACUCCCCGGCGGCCGGCGACCUGGACACGGAGAAGAUGAGCGCCUGCAGCAAGCGGAGCAGCAUGCAGAGCCGCGGCAGCACGUCCAGUCUCCUCGACCAGAGGCUCACACCACGAUCUCAUCCAGCAACACCAAGUGCCAUCCACAGAUCUCAGGCCACCACGCCGCACCGCUUCAAGAAGGGAGACAUCGUGGAGUCGGAGUCCGGCGUGCGCAAGAAGUACAACGGGAAGCAGUGGCGCCGCCUGUGCAUGCUCUGCACCAAGGAAUCUCAGCGGCGCGGCUUCUGCUCGCGGCACCUCAACCAGAAGGGCAACAACAGUGCCCUGCCCUCGUCCACGGGUCCGGGUCGUCUGCUCAGCGACAGCCGAUCGAGCAGCAAGACGCAGAUCGAUGAGGACACCUCUCGCGACUCGGAGACGUCGCCCAACUACCGGGUCAAAGGUCGCUACGAUCAGGAGGAGACCGACGCGGCCGUCAUGCUGGUGUCGCUGAGCAGCUCUCGAUCUGCCACGCCCUCGUACACCUCACCUGUGAACCACGCCGGAGCCUCGCCUCUAAAUGCCAUUGCCCACUCGCCGGUCAAUGUGUCCGCCAGUCACAGGCAGAACUUUUUCACGCCCAUCGCCAACCAGUCGCAGCAGCAGCAGCAACAACAACAGCAGCAGCAACCUGUGGCCGUACCGCUCGACUCCAAGUGGAAAACAACACCCAGUCCGGUGCUCUACAAUGCCAACAACAACAGCAGCAGCAACAGCAAUAACAACAACAAUGGCUGGGAGGCUAGCAGCAGCAGCAGCAACAAUACUCAUGUUGCAGCUACGGCAGCAACACCAGCGGUUGGCAGCCAACCACUGCCGCCGCAAACGACGCCCGUUUCGCUGGUGAUGCAUGCCCCACCGCCGCAGCACCACCAACUGCAGCAGCAGCACCACCACCACCAGCCGCCUCCGCCGCCACCUGCCAGUCUGCCAGCGCCAACGGCACCACCCACCAGCAGCAGCAGCAACAACAGCGUGGGUCACGCCACCAGCGUUAUACGCAUUUCCAGCAGCCAGCAGCAGCAGCCACAUCCACCACAGCCGCAGCAACAUCCGCAUGUGGUGGUCUCCGGCGGGCAGACCUUUCAUCCCGUGAUCGUGGACGCCACCCAGCUGACUGUGCCCCUGCCGCCCACUACGGUUUCAUUUCAUCAGCCCAACACGCCCACCUCGACGGCGGCCACUGCGGCGUCCGUGGGACAGGAGAAGAUGCUGCCAAAAAACGGCUACAACGCGCGCUGGUUCCACCUGCUGCCGCAUAUGACACCCAUGAGCAAGGCGCCGCCAGCUCCGGCCACUCCGACCUUGACCACCUCAUCCAGCAGUUACAACGUGGUAAUGAUGCAACAGCAGCAGCAGCAACUCCAGCAGCAGCAUCCACAGCAACAACUGCACCAGCAGCAACAGUCGCCGCCGCAGAUGCCGCUGAACCACAACAACAACCAUCUGGUUGUGCCCGCUCCACUCUGCUCGCCGGGCAAGCCGCUCAACUGCUCCAUGAACGAUGCGAAGGCGGCGGCAGCAGCAGCAGCCGCAGUGGCCAACCUGAGGCAGCAGCAGCAGCCGGAGGAGGCGGACGACCAGCUGGACGAUGAUGUGUUCGAGGCCACCCCGCCUGGGUCAGGCAGCAACGGCAAGAAGCAAAACGUGCGCCUGCCCACCCACAACAGCAACAUACGCAAGCUGGAGGAGUGCCAUGAUGCGAGCGAUGGAGUAGCCGGUGCACCAGCCACCUCGGCUGCCAAGCGGCGCAGUCAAUCGCUGAGUGCCCUGCAGCAACAACAGCAGCAACAGCAGGCAGGAGCAGCAGGAGCAGGAGCGGCUGGGCAGCCGAACAAGAAGAUCCGGCGACCAAUGAACGCCUUCAUGAUCUUUUCGAAGAAGCACCGCAAGAUGGUGCACAAGAAGCAUCCGAAUCAGGACAAUCGUACGGUCAGCAAGAUCCUAGGCGAGUGGUGGUACGCCCUGAAGCCAGAGCAGAAGGCGCAGUACCAUGAGUUGGCUAGCUCUGUGAAGGAUGCGCACUUCAAGCUGCAUCCGGAUUGGAAGUGGUGCUCCAAGGAUCGCCGCAAGUCGUCCACUUCGACGGCCACGCCGGGUGGAAAGGCGGGCGGAGCAGCCGAAGCGGGUGAAGCCAAGCAGCGCCUGGUCUCGGUGGAUGGUUCCGAUUCCCUGGAACACGACAUGUGCCCCUCAACGCCAGGUGGAAGCGGCAGCUGUGGUGGCCAGGGCAUAUCCUCUGAUCUGCAGGGCGACAUCAUACCGCUGACGAUCGACAACUAUAACAGCACCUGCGAUGAGGCGCCAACUACGAUCUCGACGAAGGCCAGCGGCAAUGGCAACCUGAUGAAGAAUGAGCUUCCCUCCGACGAGGACGAGCAGAUGCUGGUGGUGGAGGAGGAGCAGCCGCAGCAGCCCGUCAAGAAGCUCGAUCUGCACUGCCGCGAGCGGGUGAACGACUCGGACAUGGACGAUGCACCCUUUGACUACCGCAAGCAGCAGCCAGAGGCGAAUCAGCGUUCGACGGAGGAGCACAGUACAGCCGGUGCCAAUGGCCAGGCCAUGAGCGCACCGCCGCUCAGCGGAGGAGAGCGCGAGAUCACACUCAAACCGAAGGCCAUCAAGGCCCACCCGGUUCUGGAGAGCAACAUGCUGCCAUACACCCAGAUGUCCAUUUACACGCAGUACACUAGUCCCAAGAAUCCAAUCGGUGUAACACCAUUCCAACCCACAGGCGGCGCCUUCAAGUCGAUGCCCAUUAGCCCCAAGGGCAGCGGUGGCAAGCCGGAGGACGCUGCCUCCCUGCAGCCACAUAUCAAGCAGGAGGACAUCAAGCAGGAGCCGCCGUCGCCGUACAAGCUGAACGGAGGCUCGGGAUCCGCCGCCGGAGGGGGCGUGGUCAGUGCUCCGCCUCCGAGCAGCAGCAGCGUCGGUGCCAUCUUCAACUUCAAUGUGCCAACGGCGACGGCUUUGAGUCAGAAGCAGUUCCACUACCCCAUGCACCAUCCUCAUCGCAGUCCCACGGAUCUGAGAGCUGCCCACCAGGCGUGUGUGCCAUCGUCGCCGGCGGGCAUGGGAUUGGGCCAUGCGGCCAGCAUUGCCACGCCGCCCGCCUCAGCGCCCGCCCAGAUCAUGGGCGGAGGACCAUCGCAGGGCCAGAAGAUGUUCUUUGCCAUGAGCAAUCCGUACCCUUUGCUGCCGCGCUCCCACCAACCGGGUACUCCCAGCCUGGAGCACCUGCAGCUAGACGCAUUUCCACCAGGAAGUUACAUUUUCAAGAAUCACAACGGUCUGUCUUCAUUGCCUCCUCCAGUGAGUGCCCAGCCCACGAUGCUGCUGCAUGGAUAUACGCCAAGCCACAGUGCCGAGCCGCCGGCUAGUUCGCCCUCAUACAAAUCAAUGCCCUCCACACCCAAGUCGGCCACAUAUCUGAUGAGUGCGCCACCAGAGCGAGGCAUGGAGGCAUGUUCAUCAGCAGCAGCUAGUGGCGGCGAUGAGAGCGACAUGGAUGCCGAUGGCCAGCAGUUUAUUCUGGCUCCCACGCCAGCCCAAUUGGGACGAGCGCCACUUCAGCGGCGCAAGAAUCUAUCCCAAACCAAGUCGGAGAGCAAUGUGUCCUUUGGAGCCAAUCUGGGGGCCAGCAACGGACAGCACAUUAGCCGCAAGCUGCACUCGCCCACAAUGAUGGAGGGAUCGUCGCCGAUCAUAGGCCAUGUGAACAGCAGCAGCCUCAGUUCAGCCCUGCCCACGCCCACGUCCUCGACAACAACGCCAAACAGCGAUGAGCAACUGCCUCUGACGCCGACCACCAGCAGCAGCAACAGCAACCUCAAUCAGCAGCCCAAGUCGCCGAUGAAGGCAGCUCCAGGAUCAGCGGCAGCGGCCCUCAAAAAGAAGAACGAUGAGAUGAACAACAGUGUGCUCAAGCAGGUGGACUUUGAGAAGAAGUACAAGGCCCUGCCGCAGUUUCAGCCGGAGGAUUGCCAGUCGCCCAGUGCCAUUGCAGUGCCCUCUUCGCCGCGAGUUUAUGGCACGAACUACCGCAAGAAGAACACGGCUCCGCCGCCAGUUCAGAAACUAAUGUGCGAUGACGAUUCCAUUGACGAACCAGCUUCGGCUCCACCCACAACCACCCAGCGUUUCUUCGGUCCAGACUUCACCAACGAGUUAAAGGACGAACGCCUUGCAGAACUGGAGUGCUCUGACCAAGCGGGCCGCUCGCCCAGGACGCCAAAGACACCGCUGCAGAGCGCUCGCUCGGAUGCCAGCGAGAAGGGGCACCGCAAGGUGCUGGAGACGCGUCGCCACCUGGUCAUGCAGCUGUUUGCCGAGCACGGUAACUUCCCCACUGCCCAGGCCACCAUUGCCUUUCAGACCAAGCACAUCGAUGUCUUUCCGCGCAAGCAAGAUCUGCAGCUGAAGAUACGAGAGGUGCGCCAGAAGCUACUGGGCCAGGCAUCCUGCACUCCGCACUCGGCGGGUCCCAACACGCCGUCCGACUCCAACUCGUCGUCGACCACUUUGAGUGCCAGUAGCACCGGCUUGAAUGUACAGGCCACCAAUGCGACAGAUGUUUUUCAAUAUUACUGAACGACAGGUGGACACCAACAACAGCACUCCGAGCAGCAGCCCCAGCCCGCCGCCAAAGCCACGGAAUCUGAUGCCAAGUACAAGUAAGGAGGAGUGGACAAGGAUGAGGACGUGGAGUUUGGCGGGUGCAGGACUACAGGACAACACAACAGAUUGUUUGCUGCAAGUGACAACAUUACUUAAGGAUAGUAAACGAAUCGACAGAAACAAUUGCAGCAACGCACACUCACAAAAUGGAAGGGAGAUACAAAAACCAGCUCACACUUAGCUACAGCUCAUGCAUGAGAUGCAUGGUUAACUAGUUUUUAUUACUAACUGCAAAUAGCGAGAGAAUUACACAGAGAAAAUAGAAAAAAUUACAAAUUUUUAAUUACAAUAGGCAUACAAAAUAUGUACAAGCAAGGUAAUUUGUGAGUAGAGAGGAGGAACUGAUUACGAAUGAAUUUAUUAAGCAGCUUAAUAAAUCAGGAGCAACCAACACAGAGGAGGUAGGAAUUUUGAUGAAAAUUUGAACUUUUGAAGCACAUAUGAAGUACAUACAUAGAAAACGUAAAAAGAAUACAUAAUGGAAACAUUGUAUAACCCCGCGUAAAGGCUUAGGUUUUAAUUUACAGGAGCAACUGCAACUAACAAAUUGGAAGAGCUAAGAAAAAACUACGGAAAUAGAUGUUAAGCCUUAACUUAAAUUGCACAUUAAUUUUGAAGUGUAUUAAGCACAAGCAAAGAAUUGUAUAAAUCGAACAGUAAGAAACUUGAAAUGAACGCUGUAGUUGUAUUGUAUAUUUAGUCAUAAAAUUUUUAACGAGAACAAACCCCCAAGAAACACCCACAUUAACACCCACUCGCACACAUCUAAAUGCUUUUAAACUGUUUGCUUUUGUUCUCAAAGCUUAUGCGAACACAAACCUUUUUAAAUUGUAUGUACAUUUCCUUGAAUUGGCUUUUUACACUGUUGUCUAAUUGAAUUAUAAUUUAUAUAUAUAUUUUUAUUAUUAUUUUAGUAUAGCCUGUUUUUAAAUUGUACACACACCGAAAAAUAAACUUCAAAAAGAAAAUGAUCGACAAUUUAUUACAGAAUGAAAGAAAACAAAAAGAGAGAGAAUGAGAGAACUAACUGUCUUCCACUGUUGCUGCAAUAUACUAUUUAACAUUGUUUACCAUUUCGGUUGAAAUAAAUUUAGUUUUAAUUAUUGUUUUAAGUAUGUGACUGCAUUUUAUUCGUAUGCAAAAUUCUGUUCUUUGUAAAUUGUUACAUUUUUAAUGUUGUCGCUGACUUAUGUGUUUAAUUAUGCUUUCUAAUCUUAAGUAUUUUUCAAGUUUUUCUUCCGCCAAGGUCAGUCACAGUUUUAAGAUAUCUUUCAUGUGUUUUGCCCGCAGAAGCAACAGUUGCAAAAACAAUUAAACAAAACUUACACAUAUAAAAUAGUGGAAAAAAAUUAUAGUAACCAUAUUCACACUACAGUUACCACUAUCUUUUAAAAUACGCAACAAUGAAAAUCAUAAAAUAAAAUAUGUGAAUUAAAUUGAAAACCGCUUCCAUUUAGUUCCAUUUUCUGGACGCUGCAAUUAUAGAAAUUAACCAGAACAAUACAAUAAAAAUUAACAAAUUUGUAACAUUUUAAAUGAACUCACGUAGUCUUUUAUUAUUUUAUUAGUUUCGUGUUUAAUAAUAUUUUAGUUAGAUUCUGUACGAUGAUAAGUUUUAAUUACCUAUUAGUUAUUUGUAUUAAUUAGAGAACAAACGAAAUUUUAUAUGAUAAAAAGCGAUGAGCGUAAAAUGUAGCGUGUUAAUGUUAAAGAAUACAAAUACAAAUAAAAACAAAAAUAAAACCAAGUUUAUAAGUGAA